AUGCUGAAGCAAGUUCCCAACCACAAGUGCCAAAGCAGAGAAGCAGGCAGCACUGAGCCUGAUCCCAGCAGCAACAGCCAGAGCACCAGCCUAGCCAUGUACCUUGAGGUUAGUGAACGUCAAGUGCUAGAUGGUUUGGACCUUGAAUUUCUUCUGGAAAACAGCACCUCUCCCUAUGAUUAUGGGGAAAAUGAGAGCGACUUCUCUACCUCCCCGCCCUGCCCACAAGACUUCAGCCUGAACUUUGACAGAGCCUUCCUGCCAGCCCUCUACAGCCUCCUCUUUUUGCUGGGGCUGCUAGGCAAUGGAGCAGUGGCUGCUGUACUGCUGAGUCAGCGCACCGCCCUGAGCAGCACAGACACCUUCCUGCUCCAUCUGGCUGUAGCUGAUGCACUUCUGGUAUUGACACUCCCACUGUGGGCAGUGGAUGCUGCUGUCCAGUGGGUUUUUGGCUCUGGCCUCUGCAAAGUGGCAGGUGCCCUCUUCAACAUCAACUUCUAUGCAGGGGCCUUCCUGCUGGCCUGUAUAAGCUUUGACCGCUAUCUGAGCAUAGUGCAUGCCACCCAGAUCUACCGAAGGGACCCCAGGGUACGUGUAGCCCUCACCUGCGUUGUUGUCUGGGGACUCUGUCUGCUCUUUGCCCUCCCAGAUUUUAUCUACCUAUCGGCCAGCCAUGAUGAGCGUCUCAAAGCUACCCACUGCCAGUACAACUUCCCACAGGUGGGUCGUACUGCUCUGCGUGUACUGCAGCUGGUGGCUGGUUUCCUGUUACCCCUUCUAGUCAUGGCCUACUGCUAUGCCCAUAUCCUGGCUGUGCUGCUGGCUUCCAGAGGCCAGAGGCGCUUGCGAGCUAUGAGGCUAGUGGUAGUGGUGGUUGUGGCUUUUGCCAUCUGCUGGACCCCCUAUCACCUGGUGGUGAUAGUGGAUAUCCUCAUGGACCUGGGAGUUUUGGCCCGCAAUUGUGGUCGAGAAAGCCAUGUGGACGUGGCCAAGUCAAUCACGUCGGGCAUGGGCUACAUGCACUGCUGCCUCAACCCACUGCUCUACGCCUUUGUGGGAGUGAAGUUCAGAGAACAAAUGUGGAUGCUCCUCAUGCGCAUGGGCUGCUCUCACCAGAGAGGGCCGCAGAGGCAGCCAUCAUCUUCCUGGAGAGAAUCAUCCUGGUCUGAGACAACAGAGGCCUCCUACUUGGGCUUGUAACUCUGGAAUGGAACUGUAGCCUGUGCAACCCAAGUCCUAACACACUGCAGUUCUUCUCCUCCUGUGUCUGGGCUAGCUCUGACUCACCCAUAACAUUGCUGCUGGGACUCACUGGCAGCUCAGCACCUCCAGGUCUCCUGAGAACCACUCUCCCAGCUCCAUGCCCAGCACCCUUAUUGUGCCUUAGCUGCCACACCCUAUUUUGAUUUUUCAGAACGUGCUGCCUGAAGCCUCACUACCCUCCUAAAUCAGCAAGUAGAAUAAAGCCUUGCCCAUGUGAGAGGAAUAAGAGGCAAAGAGCAUAGAGAGCCAGGCCUAGCUCAGCACUGACCGUGGUCCCCAGUAUCUCAAUAUUUGCCCAAUUUUAUGUCUA